GCCCCCGGCAGCAUCGUCCUCCUCUUCCUCCUCCUCCUCAGCAUCCUGGGGGCCCCCGGCUUGGGUGACCCCGGCCCCCUGGAAGACGUGGUGAUAGACAGAUAUUAUAUCCCCAAAAUCUGCCUGCGGGAAGUCCAGAUGGGGGAUUUCAUUCGCUACCACUACAAUGGGACCUUUAAAGAUGGCAAAAAGUUUGACUCCAGCUAUGACCGUGGUGCCACAGUGGCUGGCGUGGUGGGCGUGGGGCGGCUGAUCACGGGCAUGGACCGGGGGCUGCAGGGCAUGUGUGUGAAUGAGCGGCGCCACCUCAUCGUGCCCCCUCACCUGGGCUACGGCAGUAUCGGCGUGGCGGGGCUGAUCCCCCCAGAUGCCACCCUGUACUUCGAUGUGGUCAUGCUGGACAUCUGGAACAAGGAGGACAAGGUGCAGGUCACCACCCUGGGCAGGCCAGGGCACUGCAACCGCACGGUGCAGAGCUCGGACUUCGUGCGGUACCACUACAAUGGCACCCUGCUGGACGGCACCCACUUCGACUCCAGCUACAGCAAGGGCAGCACCUAUGACACCUAUGUGGGCACUGGAUGGCUGAUCAAGGGCAUGGACCAAGGGCUGCUGGGCAUGUGUGCUGGGGAGAAGAGGAGCAUCAUCAUCCCCCCGUUCCUGGCCUACGGAGAGAAGGGCUAUGGGACUGUGAUCCCCCCCCAGGCAUCGCUGGUGUUCAGUGUGCUGCUGGUGGACUUCCACAACCCCAAGGACAGCAUCUCCCUGGAGCAUCUGGAGGUGCCAGCGUCCUGCAGGCGCAGGGCUGUGACCGGGGACUUCGUGCGGUACCACUACAAUGGCAGCCUGAUGGAUGGGAGCCUCUUCGACUCCAGCUACUCUCGCAACCAAACCUACAACACCUACAUCGGGAAGGGCUUCAUCAUCCCUGGCAUGGACCAGGGCCUGCAGGGGGUCUGCGUGGGAGAGAGGCGCCGGGUGGUCAUCCCCCCACACCUGGCCUAUGGGGAGAACGGAGCAGGGGACAAAAUUCCCGGCUCAGCCGUGCUCAUCUUUGACGUCCACGUCAUCGACUUCCACAACCCCGAGGACCCGGUGGAAAUCGAGACCCUGUACCGGCCCGAGGGCUGCAACGCCACCAGCCGGCACCGGGACUUCGUUCGCUACCACUACAACUGCUCGCUGCUGGAUGGCACCAGGCUCUUCUCCUCCCAUGACUAUGAGAAGCCCCAGGAGGUGACCCUGGGGACCAACAAGGUGAUCGAGGGCCUGAACAGAGGCCUCCUGGACAUGUGCACAGGGGAGAGGAGGGUCCUUAUCAUCCCCCCACACCUGGGCCACGGCGAGAGCGGAGCCCGGGGGGUGCCAGGCAGCGCCGUGCUGCGCUUCGAGGUGGAGCUGAUCUCCAUGGAGGAAGGGGUUCCUGAGGGCUACCUCUUCAUCUGGCACGGGGACCCCCCUGCCAGCCUCUACGAGCAGAUGGAUCUCAACAAGGAUGGGGAGAUCCCUGCUGAGGAGUUCUCCACCUUCAUCAAGGGCCAGGUGGCAGAAGGCAAAGGUCGCCUCAUGCCCAGCUCCGACCCGGACAAGGUCAUCGCCGACAUGUUCAGGAACCAGGACCGCAACCAGGACGGGAAGGUCACCCCCGAGGAGCUGAAGCUGAAGUCAGAUGAGGACCAGGACAAGAUCCAUGAGGAGCUCUGA